AUGGAAGAGAGGAUAGCUGCGAGGGAGAGAGAUGAGUGGCACAAGAGAGAGGACCUUCAAGGUGCAACAACAAAGAGGGAAGAGGACGGAGAGAGUAAGAGAGAGUGGUGGAGAACCGACACACGACAAGUUGGUGCUGCUACUUCGUACAUGGUAGCUAAGUUGCAGCCACCCAAUCAAUUAAUCAAACGGCGCAAAAUGCCGGAGGGCGGCGGGGAUGACCUAAGCUUUGUCGUCACGCGCGAUCUGCGAUCUCUCUCGGUUCACGCGCCGUCCUGUGGAGCUGGGGCUGUGCUCUCAAAAUCCGAGCAUGAUGUGUCAAAUUCCCAUGGCAUCAAUCUCUCACACACCCCACCUAGCAUCACCUUCCUCUUGUUGCUUGAUAGUGAUGGAUUGGAUUGGAUGGAUGAGAUGGCUAAGUGGGGUCAUUCAUUUGCAAUAUCUCUCAUGAAACCACUUUCUGUUCCCUUUCUUACAAUUUCUUCACUGACAAAGGAAUACCUGCACAUUUCCUCACGCACGCACGCAUACUCAAUCGCCACCACUCCCUCGUACAUCACCCUCUCUCUUUCUAUUUCUCUCUCUAGCUAUGUGGAUCAUGAUGAGGACCCUGUCAGAGAGUAG